AUGGAGGACGAUGCACUCAUGGCGACACUCAUCGCGACAGCGCGGGAGUUGGUGCAACACGGCCGAGAACGAACAAUCACUGUGAACUUCCGAAAGCUCGAUGGCGAGCAGUACGAGCCCAUCAGCACCUCCUCCUUGACCCGUGUUGCCGACUUGCGGGAGAUGUUCCGCCCGCAGCUGCAGGGCUACCCGGCGGACUUUUGCAUUGGGGAGCACAAGCUGAGGCCCCAGGAGGAGAUCGGCGAGUUCGUGACGGAGGGUGUCGAGUUUUUCCUCACGGCCAUUCGGCGUGAAAAUGUCCUCGAGCUCGAGAAGACCGACAAAGACACCGGCGAGCAGACGCGUCUGCAAGAGGGGGCGCGCUGGCAAGGGGCGACAUUGGUCCUGGCCUCGGGAUCCUACGUCGUCCCGCCAUGGAACUUUGCUCCAGACCUGCAGCAGGACUUUGCGGUGGAGGUCACGGUGAUGCUGGCAGAGUGGCCGGCAGUAGACUAUCGAGGCCCCAUCGUAUCCCGCCAUGGUUGGGAAAGUGGCCUGGAGCUGCGCAUCGGAGGUAAAGGUGCCGUUGCCUUGCUCACCACCAAGCGAGGCGACGAGAAAGCGAAGCACACCGAGCUGCUGAAGACAAUGCCACGGACCGUCCACGAAUGGAUCCAUCUGUGCAUGUACUACGAGGCGCCGACUUCAACGCUGAAGCUGUACUUGAAUGGAGAUCGCGAGAAUUGCGUGGAGAAACAGAUCCAGGGGCGCUUCAUACCUUACAAUGGACAGCUCGAAGUGGGCAGGAACCCAUGCUGGCACGACCGUGUCUUAAGCGGCUCCAUUCGAGACCUCAAGAUCUGGCCGGCAGGCUUCGACCUCAACGGCCUUCAAGAGCGUGCCUCUCUGAGCUUGAGUGACGCGAGGGGAGCGAUCUGA